AGCUCACUCCCGUCUGUGGCGAAAGGGCGGCGGUGGCUAGAAAGGCGAGAAGGAGAGAGGAGAUGAGGAGGAAUAUGUCGGUGUGAGGAGGGCUUUUUUUUCUCCCUUCUUUGUGUUCACACACAGACAGCGGAGCUCAUAUUGUCCUCCAUUACAGCCAGGUGUGUCUCAUCCGCCUCCAACAAGCCGACUUCCCACCUUUACCACCACUGCCAGGGGUAGCCAUGGCGACCAGCGCCGUGCCAAGUGACAACCUGCCAACGUACAAGCUGGUGGUGGUGGGGGAUGGUGGUGUUGGGAAAAGUGCCCUCACCAUCCAAUUUUUCCAGAAGAUCUUUGUGCCGGACUACGAUCCCACGAUAGAGGACUCGUAUCUGAAGCACACAGAGAUCGACGGACAGUGGGCGAUACUGGAUGUGCUGGACACAGCCGGACAGGAGGAGUUCAGUGCGAUGAGGGAGCAGUACAUGAGGACAGGAGACGGCUUCCUCAUCGUCUUCUCUGUGACAGACAAGGCCAGCUUUGAACACGUUGACCGAUUCCAUCAACUCAUACUACGGGUCAAAGACAGGGAGGCCUUCCCCAUGGUGCUGGUGGCAAACAAAGUGGAUUUGGUCCAUCUGAGAAAGGUCACCUCUGAGCAGGGCCAAGAGAUGGCUGCAAAACAUAAUAUAACUUAUAUUGAAACCAGUGCCAAGGAUCCUCCGAUGAAUGUGGACAAAGCCUUUCAUGAGCUGGUCCGCGUUAUAAGGCAACAAGUCCCAGAGCGAAACCAGAAGAAGAAAAAGAAGAUGAAAUGGAGAGCAGAACGUUCCACAGGUUCUCACAGGUUCCACUGCGCCAUAUUGUGACCUCCUUCCUUCUCCUGUUUAUCAUCCUGAACAUACACACACACCCUUAACACGCACACCCACACACCUUUCGGAUGUCAGGGAACUCCCCAGCAGUCGAUAACUACUGGAGCACAAAAGGGGAGAGGGGGACUCUGGUGAACGGCUACAUGGAUCCAGGAGGGGGAAGUGAAUCUGAAACGUUGGACUGAUGUCCCCUCUUGCCCUUCACAACACCUGGGAAUGAGUGCUAUGUCCUCUCUCCUUAAUUUUAUGGUCCCCCUUUGAAGGUUUUUGAUCUCUCCCAUCCGUAUCUAACCCAGAAGUACAGUGUCACUGAACAGCUUCUCAGUCAAAUGUAUUUUUGAGUUCAUUAUCAAAUGUGGCACAAGAUAACAGACUCUGAGGAUCGAUGAAAAUGAGCCAAUAUCACUUUGAUAUUGUAAGUUUUGUCUUCAUAAGAAAGGGAAGGAAAACAGCGCGGAAAGCGGAUUACCUCCAACAAACCUGCUGGUCAUCACUUUUCUAUCCUAACACUCCCCUUUCCUACAACUUAUGGAAGAAAAAAAAGCACCUGUGUUAUCUCGAGAUUGGUCGUUGUUAGUUGUGUGAUCCUCUCUCUCCGCAGAGUGGACGUCGUAAGGGCACGGUGGAUAAAUAAGAGAGCGGUGACAGUGAUUUUUGAGGAAACCUAUGAAAAUAGAUGUCGUAUGGUGUCGUCGAUGAGUGAACUGUGAGUUGUGCGUGUACCUUGUGGUCAUGUGACGCUCUGGUUUUAAAGAAUGUGAGUUCAGACGGGAUUGAAGGAUGUGUUGUAGCGAGCGAAAGAAACGUAACAUGAUGCUGAGAAAAAACGUGUCAUAUCGGAUGACGAGUGAACGCUAUGGUCAUAUCGGCUUGUUGAGUAACGUUUUUAAAAAUUGUAAUUGUGAAGGAGAGCGAGAUUGGUCUGUGUAUGUGGUUACACUUGUAAAUGUAACAAGGUUUAAAACAACACUGAUGUGUCAGCGGCCAUGUUUACAGACAGAUUUAUUAUUUUCCUCAUCAGAGAGACAGACGGUAUAUCAGAGCCACUUUUCAUCAAGUGUCUGAAAUGAAUUACAGUUAAUUUAGGUUGCCUCUACAGUCACUGUCUACGGCAUGAUGAGUGCAAACCUUGAUCAGAACUGUACGAACAGUAAUCCUGAUUAUUAUCAUUUUGCCUUUUUAUUCUCUGCAGAAUCUUCAAAGCAAAAGUUACAUUUCAUGUUUUUUGUAUCUUAAAAAAAAAAUAGAACAUAAAGUAUAUUUGUGAUAUAAAAAUCAGAUUAUAGGUGGCAAUGUAAACAAAUGUCAUGCUGUUUUUUUUUCUCAAAGCAUCUGUAGGAAACAGAGUAGAUAAGGGACAAUGAGAGCUACAUGUUUCAGAUCUGAAACGGGCUGGAGACGCUGUUUUGCACUGGCCACUAACCAAAAUAAUGUGAUGUCACUUUAAUACAGUCUUGGGGCUUUUCAAACUGCACAGCUGAAUUCAGGACUAUGUUCGAAGAUUAAUCACGCUCAGUAAAAGGAUAAUAGUCCUUUUUUAAGAUUGGGGAUUUAUACUGUAGCCCUGGGAAUAUGUUUAGAGAUUGAAAGCCUUUGUGGAUGAGGCAGUGUGAUGCUCCCAGGGCUUAAAAAAAGCCAUGUUAACCUAUCUACAGAUGAAGUUUAGUUGUUGGGGAAACCACACACUCAAAGCAACAAGACAUUCAGUGUAUUCAUGUUUGUAGUUGUGAGGUGGAUAGGAAUGUACAAUUUAAUAACCUAUGAAAUGGCUUGUACUGUUAACGCACUAAAAGUUUUGGUGGACAACUUUUUUUUUUGUCUGAAUGAAUACUGUCUCUUGAAGGAAUACAUUUUUGCACUUUUAAUACGAUUUCUGACUUUUCCUAUUGGCAUGUCAUUUACUUUUCGGAUCUGUAAAGAGAAAUGAAAUGAAAGGCACGGUAUUAAAAAAAAGAAGAAAAAUAUGAUUUGAAUGUAAAAAAAAAAAUCAAAUAACAAAACAAGCAAAAGGGAGAUUAGUGUUGUAGCCCUGUGUGGCUGUGUAUGCCUGUUACCGUGGUGAUGAUUGUAACGAGAUUAAAUAAGUUGUAAUUUAAUCAAUUGAAAGAAAGAAAAUCAAUUUUGCUCAGUUUUGAAAUGAGAUGGUUGAGUGUGGAAGAAAAAGAAAAAAAACCUUCAUGUAUUGAAUGGCACACAAAUUCACCUCAGCAUGAACGUGGAAAAACAACCUCAACAAAAGAAGGAAAAGAAAAAAACAGUCUCAAUCUACAUCUACUGUUUUUUUUGUUUUUUUUAAAAAGGGACUUCACAAAGAGUUUCCAGAGAAGGACUUUAAAACAUUGAAGUACUGAUCAUCGAGCAAUGAAGCAACAGACUCUGGAUCGUGGGAGAGAAAAGAAAAGGACAAAAUUUUAAAAAAUGAAUGUGUUUGAAGAAAAUGUCGCAUUAAUGUCUGUUUGAUACCAUUUUGUAUUAUUGAUAUGAAUUAUUGAUAUGAUUCUUGCAAAGUGUUUUUUAAACAACGGAAUAAUUUAUUACUGUCUAUGUUACCUCAGCGUGUCCCAGACCUGGACAAAAAAAUCCCCCCCUCCCUCUUUUUUUUCUUUCUUUUUUUUUUCUUUUCUUCUUCUGGACUCAUGACGGCUCACAGGCCUUUUUUGCCUUUGAGCCCCCUUAUGAAGAGACUUGUGUUAUGUGUCGUGGACCAAGGUGAAGAAAGACAGAAUAUGGUCCUGAGCUCAUCCAGUAUAAGGACCUCUGCUUUACUGGAGCUCAUGUGGAUCGCCUCUCAAGUGAAAAUAUAACCUUAAAUGGGUCAAAGAGAAAGUUUGUUGUCCAACUUGUAAUUUAGAAAAAAAAAUAUGUGUCAUCGUUCAAUGUGAAAUUCAGUAAAGGAAUAGUUGGACAUUAUUUGGGAAAUACGCUUAUGGGCUGUUUUACCCAGAGCUGGAUGUCUGUUCAUAAAGACUGGAAACAGAGGGAAACUGCUAGCCUGGCUGAUAGGAGGCACCUUUUAAAGCUCACUAAUUAACACAUUAUACCCUAUGUGUGUAUUCUGUACAAAAGCUGAAGCUAAAAUGCUUUACAGGAGGUAAUAUGUUGUAAUAUUUCUUACUUUUGAAUGGGGCCAUGUCUCAGUUUCGUCCUUUUUCCAGUCUUUAUGCUAAGCUAAGCUAGGCUAACUAUUGCCUGGCUCAUAUUUACUCCACAGACAUGAGAGUGGUGUUUGUGUUCCCAUCUAACUCUGGGCAAAAAAAGUACAGACGUAUAUUUACCAAAAAUGGUUGAACUAUUCCUUUAAGCAGACCAAACUCGUGUACCAGCUUAGGUGUCUUCUAGUUGACAGUUUGACAAAUUGGAUUGUUAGAUUUCUUGGAUUAAUCAUCAUGGCUGGUACAAAAAUAGAAGAAGAA